AUGGAUCAGAAAUUUAUAUAGGCAAAAAGUUUACAAGAAAAGUUGCAAAUAAUACAUUCUUAAGACAAAAGACUAUCUGCAUCUGAACUUGAAAACUUAUAUAAGAGCAUUCAUGGAGAGAAACCUAGUGAUCGUGCUUAUAAAAUAUUAGAUAAAGCAUUAGAUAAAAAUUUUGGCGGUCUUCUUCCAGAUAAGGCUUCUUUUAGUAUGGAUUAUAAUGAGGGUGUUUUUAAGAGAAUUACAGAGUCAUUAGAAGAUUUAGAGAUGGUUGGAUUGUAUGCAAAAUAUGUUGUAUAAAAUUGUCGUGUUGAUUCACAUAGACUAUUACUCAAGUAAUUAGGAUAUGUAACAGAGAGAUUAAUUAGAAAAUUUAGAUAAUAAGGAACAAUUGAAGAGCAUCUUUGUUUAAAUAAAUAAAUAGUUAUUGAAUUAGUAAGUAUAUUGUGUCCAAAAGAUAUGACAUACAAUCCAGAAUUGUUAAAAUUAAUAUUAAAAGCAUUUGGAGAUUAUCGGGAUGAGGAAUUAUUGAAAAGAUUAGCAGAUAGUCUGAUUUAGUAAUGUAAAGAUAAUCUCAAUUAAAAUAAAAAUCAUGAUUGGUUGAUGCUUAUAGUUACUAUAUUUGAUUAAGCAAUUGAAUAAUAAGGAGUAUGUCUACAUAUUUUAUAUAAAAAAAUUGGAAACUCUACAUUAUGUAAUAUCAUUAACAAACAUAAGAACUAUUUUUUAAUUAAUUAUUUUGAUAAUCCAGAUAAACCUGUUAAAAUAUUUAGAGGUCUAUUAAAAUAUAGCAUUUAAAAUGAGAACUUAUCUAUUUUAUAAAAGAUAACACAUAUAUUAGAGGAAUAAAUGCGUUAAAAUUAUAAUCAAAGUUCAUAUUUAAUUUUAAGUGAAAUUUAUGUUUAAGUCAUCUUACCAUAAUUAUUACCUUAAUUACAUAUAAAUAUUAAUAUUUUAGAUUUAUUACAGGUAUUUUUAAUAGGUAUGUCAAGAAGUCAAGAAUUAUUGACAGAUGAAUAUAUUAAAAUAAUGUGUGAUAGAUUAAAAUUAAUGAUUGAUUUAAAAUAGAAUGAUCGAUAAGUAUUUGAUAAGAUAAUUGGAUUUAUAAAUGCAAUUUAUAAAAAGUAUUAGAAUAUAUUAUCAUAUCAUGAAUCAUUUCAAAAAUUAUUGAAUAUCACAAGAGAUAAAUAUUCUGAUCAAUACAAUAAAAUAGAUCAUGUUGAAUGGGAGAGUAAAAUUUUGAAACAUAUAAAUUUUGAUGAUAAUUUAUAUGAUCGAAAUGAUUGUGAUAAUUUUGUAGGACUAGAAAAUCUUACUAAUACUUGUUUUAUGAAUAGUAUUUUAUAAGCACUUUAUAUGACAGAUAGUUUUCGAAAAUUUAUAUUAAUGAAUUCAAUUCCAGAUGCAAAAUAAUAUAAUGCAUUAAGAAAAUUAUAUAUGUUAUUAAAUUAUUAAUAAUCUGGAUUUUGUUCACCAUAUGAAUUAAAAAGAUUACUUAGACCUCCAUAUAGUAAUACAAAUGAUUAAUAAGAUGUUGGAGAAUUUGCUCAUCAUUUUUUAGAAGAUCUACUUAAAUAUAUACCGAAAGAAUAAUAAGAAAUAUUAGAAAACAUUUUCUUUGGUACUCAUAGAUCAGUUAUAGAAUGUCCUAAUUGUAAUAUAUCAUUGGGUUAAAUUGAAAAGUUCUUAGGAAUUGAUUUACAUUUAAAUAAACACACUUAAUUAAAAGAUAUGAUUGCAUAAGUAUAUGAGGUUGAAUAAAUAGAAUUUACUUGCGAAAAAUGUUAACGUAAAUCUAAUGAUAUUAAAAAGUCUUUGUAAAUACAAAAUUUACCUCCUGUCUUGUUUAUGACUAUAUAAAGGUAUACUAUUAUAUUUAAACAGAUUUUAAUAUGAUGCUUAAUCUUAAUAAAUGACAAAGAUUCUCGCAAAAGUUCCUCUCAAAUUUGAAAUCGAUAUGAGAUUAGUAUUUCAAUAAUAACAUCUAGAUGCUCAAGAUAGUUUAUAUAUAUUAUAUGCAUUCAUUGUGCAUCUUGGCAAAAAUAGUUUUUCAGGUCAUUAUUCUUGUUAUGCAAGAUCGAUGUCUAAACCUGAAACUUGGAUUUGCUUUGAUGAUGAUUAAAUAAAUCAAUAUGAAUUAACUAGUGAAGACUUAAAUUCAUAAUUAAUGUAAACUAAUAAUAAUAAUAUAUUAUAGUGAUGAGGAAACUCCGUAUAUACUCUUUUACAAAAAUAAAUCUGGUCAUUGUUUAAGUAUCAAUAAAUGA